GAAAAUAACAAAGAAGUAGGCAGGGUGAAUUUUGACUGCUUAAGUGUGAAGAUGAUGACUAUAGAUAGAAGAAGAGAAGAAUGUUGAUGCAGUAACAUAAAACAUAAUAAAGAAAUUGAUUAUCGAUGGAAGAGGGUAAUAAUAAGAGAGGAAGAAUUCUAAUAACAAACGACGACGGAAUCGACGCUCCUGGCUUAAGAGGUUUGGUAUCAUCAUUAGUGAAUACGAAUCUUUUCAAUAUAUUUGUAUGUGCUCCUGAUAGUGAGAAAUCAGCAGUUAGUCACAGCAUCACAUGGCUUCAUCCUAUAUCUGCCAAACAAGUUCAUAUUCAUGGAACCAUUGCUUCCUUCUCUGUUUCUGGAACUCCCGCUGAUUGUACUUCUCUCGGAAUUUCCAAAUCACUCUUUCCUUCCGUCCCUCAUCUUGUAGUGAGCGGCAUAAAUAGGGGUAGCAACUGCGGCUAUCAUAUUGUUUACUCAGGCACUGUAGCUGGAGCUCGAGAGGCCUUCUUCAACAAUAUCCCUUCUAUCUCCAUUUCAUAUGACUGGGUUGAAGGAAAGAGUAAUCCACAGGACUUUGCACUUGCUGCACAAGUUUGCAUUCCAAUCAUAAACGCAGUACUGGUUGCGAUAAAGAAACAAAGCUACCCUGGAAGAUGUUUUUUGAAUAUAGACGUGCCAACCAAUGUUGCUAACCAUAAGGGUUACAAGCUAACGAGGCAGGGUAAAAGUAUCUUUAAGAUGGGAUGGAGGAAAGUUACCUCUGAGACAGAAGGACGAAGAAUGUUGUCUGAUAUGACCAACACAAAUACAGAUAUGCCUAAAAAAAUUGGCACGUCAUCUGCAUCACCUGAACAUCUUUUAUUUGCGAGAGAGAGGAGAGUGAAGAUUGUAAGAGGUGCCCUACCUGAUUAUGAUGAUGAUACAGAUCACAAAUCUUUGAAGGCGGGCUAUAUUACUGUAACAUCUCUUGCUGGUCUCUCUCACGCGGAUGUAGAUUGUCAGACCUAUUUUGAGGAUUGGCUACAAAGUAUCCCUAAACACCUCUUGUCAGCAGCUUUAUAACGUUGUAAGAUCUAUCAUGUGUUUGCAGUGUAUUUGUUAGCUCUGGUUGCUAUGUAUUCCUGGCAAUAAUUGCACUUGCAUUUCAGCAAUCACGCUAGUUAAGAAUCAAAGGUUAUUCUUCUGUGAUAAAUAGAAAAUUCUGGCAGGUAUUCAUAUAAUGUAUUUAAGUGAUGUCGUCACAAAUGACUUUUGCGAACAUUUUACUAUAAUAACAUUUUUUUCAGUCAGUAUUUACUUGAUAAA